GCAGUCAUCUGAGGUGCAGGUGCAAGGACUCACAUUGAUCCCUGCUUAUAUAAUCUAAUAUCCCUAAGUAUGAAAGUAGAACUGUUAUCCUGGUCCUGCUCCAAAUAUGUCUCCACAAUAGAAGCCAUAAUGGGUGAGCUAAUUACAUAGGUCUCUAUUCACUUCUGACUACAGAAAUAUGGCCGACGCCUAUACGCACAGGAAACUACGUCAGUGACUUGUCAUCUAGCCUACACUCCAGCCUCUGACGCACGGAACCAAUCCCAGCCCGCAUCGGUUACUUCUGCUAAGAUUGACAGGCCACUGGACGAAUCAGAAAGAAGACCACAAUCACGUGAAGCGCAGCUGAUUAUACAGACAGGCGGAGGGGGUUGUGUGUGAUUGACAGGAAAUCCAGCCAAUCGUGUGACACUUUUUUCUGCGCACGGCCUAUUAGGAAGCGGCGGGGCGGAGCUGUGUGCCUAGGAGGAGGAAGUGAACGCUGCAGAGAUGACCUCCACCCUCACUCAGGGUCUGGAGCGGAUCCCGGACCAGUUGGGUUACCUGGUGAUGAGCGAGGAUGGCGUCCUGGCGAGCGCUGGCGACCUGGAGAAUGACGAGCGAUUGGCCGGCGUGAUCCGGGAGAUGGUGACCACGGCCUGCGGCUUCCACGGACUGGGGGACCAGAUGCCCUUCAAGCGCAUGAGCAUCGUUUUCGGGGAGCACUCCUUCCUCGUCACCAUCUCCGGACAGAAGAUCUACGUGGUGAAGCGGCAGAACGUGGUGCGGGAGCCCAUCAGCGUCUAGGCCGCCAUCUUGGACUUUGUAUAGAAGGAAGUCAGUUCUUGGCGACCCCCCUCCCCCCCGGGUUGUAUUGUGUUUAUUUUGCUUUAUACAUAAAGUUUAUUGAAAGCUUA